AUGGGCGACGACGCCGAAGUAAGCAGUACCAGUUUCCAGGGGAAACCACUUCGGAUCACGGCCAAUCCGUGCACGUUGAGCUGGCGUAAUCUCUCGUACAGUGUCGACACGAAGAAGAAGACAUCGAAUCAUCCAGAUAGUAUGAAAACCAUUCUUACUAACGUCACGGGACGCUGCGCACCUGGCGAGUUGACAGCCGUCAUGGGGCCUUCUGGGUCUGGGAAAACUACACUACUCGACAUUCUGGCGGACCGGAUCAGCUCCGGAAAGAUCUCCGGGGACAUUUUCCUUAAUGGGGUGGCGCGAAAACACAAAACCUUCCGAGCUGUAUCCAGUUACGUAGCACAGGAAGACUCUUUAUUAGGUUCAUUUACUGUACGGGAAACUCUCGAGAUGGCAGCAAAGCUGAGUCUACCAAGCUCCAUUACCCAUCGCGAGAUUGUUGACCGUGUACAAACGGUGAUAGACGAGAUGGGGCUACGCGUUUGCGAGCAUACACUGGUCGGAGAUGUCUUCCGGAAGGGCAUUUCAGGCGGUCAAAAGCGAAGACUGAGUAUCGCCAUCGAGUUGCUGUCGGAGCCUUCAAUCCUGCUGCUAGAUGAACCAACGUCGGGACUGGACUCUGCAUCGACGUACAACGUCAUGAAGUUCGUGUCUCGACUCUGCAAAGAGAAAAUGACGGUGAUUUGCACCAUCCAUCAGCCAUCGUCGUUAGUGUACGCGAUGCUCACAAAUGUGGCGAUCCUCACUGCAGGUGAGACCGUUUACUUUGGUCCACGAGUCGACAUGUUGUCACAUUUCGAGUCGCUUGGCUAUAUCUGCCCCGAACAUGAAGACCCAGCCGAGCACUACAUUUGUAUCGCAAACACUGACUUCGUAGGCCACGGCGAUAUUCCGCUGCUGGUUUCUGGGUAUGCAGCUAGUCCGCUUGCUGGUAAGAUCCAAGACACUAUUGAGGCUGACUCGACGAGCUUACAUGGCGCCAGAGAUAUCGAGCGCGCUCCAAACUCGCCGCUACGGCAGCUCGUGGUGCUACUGAAGCGGAAUUUAGUCGACAACCUACGCAACCCCGGUAUCUUUUGGGUUCGGAUUGUCAUGUACACGGUGCUGUCGUUUAUGAUGGGGACCAUGUUCCUCUCGACCAACAAGCGCAUCGUCCCUCACGACGUCGUGUAUCUACUCACCUACGCUAACUGCUUCCUCGUGUUCAUGUCCAUCGCUGUACUACCGUUCUUCAUUGAGCAACGCGCGGUCUUCCUUCGUGAACGAGCCAACAGCAACCUCAACGUGUUUAGCUACGUGAUCGCCAACUUCCUGGGUGCUUUACCAGGCAUAUUCUUGAUCGCAUUGAGCUCAACGCUGCUCGUUGGAUACCUCGCGGGCCUCAACUCGUACGGCGUUUUCUUGCUGAUCGUUUUCUUGUCGCUUGUGGUCGCCGAGAGUUUGAUGCACCUCGUAGCGGCGUGUGUGUCUCACUUUAUCAUCGGAAUGGCGAUCGGUGCGGCACUCUUCGGAUGGUUCAUCCUGUGCAUGGGUCUGUUCGUGCCACGACCCGCUAUCCCGGAUUACUGGAUUUGGGGCCAUUAUCUAGGCUUCUUAUCGUACGGAUUUGAAGCUCUCAUGCACAACCAGUUCCACAACGAAACCUCGCUCGAAGCGCAGUUAAUUCUGGCUAAAUUCGGCAUGGAAGAUGCUGAUCUUGGCCGCGAUCUCGCUAUCGUGGCUGCCAACGCUGUGGCCUUCGAGAUCCUCUUCACUUUCGUCUUGUACAAGUUCCACACAGGUCGUCGGUGA